GCUCGAGGACCGCGAGGAGCCCAGGCCUGACCCCGGCGACUGAGCACACCCAAGGAGAGGCGCACACACCCCAGGGACCCAGACGUGGAACUUCUGCCAGAUGUGGAGGGUGGCUACCCAGAGGCAUGCCCCUCACCCAGUUCCACUAUCCCCACCUGCUGCUGCUGCUGGUGGUGCUAUCAUGUCUGCCAAAGGCGCCCUCUGCCCAGGUAAUGGACUUUUUGUUUGAGAAGUGGAAGCUCUAUAGUGACCAAUGCCACCACAACCUAAGCCGGCUGCCCCCACCUACUGAGCUGGUCUGUAACAGAACCUUCGACAAGUACUCCUGCUGGCCUGACACCCCUCCCAACACCACUGCCAACAUUUCCUGCCCCUGGUAUCUACCUUGGUACCACAAAGUGCAGCACCGCCUAGUGUUCAAGAGGUGUGGGCCUGAUGGGCAGUGGGUUCGAGGGCCGCGGGGGCAGCCAUGGCGCAACGCCUCCCAAUGUCAGAUGGAUGAUGAAGAGAUCGAGGUCCAGAAGGGGGUGGCCAAGCUGUAUAGCAGCUACCAGGUGAUGUACACUGUGGGCUACAGUCUGUCCCUGGGGGCCUUGCUCCUUGCGCUGGUCAUCCUGCUGGGCCUCAGGAAGCUGCACUGCACCCGAAACUACAUCCAUGGGAACCUGUUCGCGUCCUUUGUGCUCAAGGCUGGCUCUGUGCUGGUCAUUGAUUGGCUGCUCAAGACACGCUACAGCCAGAAGAUUGGGGAUGACCUCAGCGUGAGCGUCUGGCUCAGUGAUGGGGCGGUGGCUGGCUGCCGAGUGGCCACGGUGAUCAUGCAGUACGGCAUCAUAGCCAACUAUUGCUGGUUGCUGGUAGAGGGUGUGUACCUGUACAGACUGCUGAGCCUCGCCACCUUCUCUGAGAGGAGCUUCUUUUCCCUCUACCUGGCCAUCGGCUGGGGUGCGCCCCUGCUGUUCGUCAUCCCCUGGGUGGUGGUCAAGUGUCUAUUUGAGAAUGUCCAGUGCUGGACCAGCAAUGACAACAUGGGAUUCUGGUGGAUUCUGCGUAUCCCUGUCUUCCUGGCCAUACUGAUCAAUUUUUUUAUCUUUGUCCACAUCAUUCAUCUUCUUGUGGCCAAGCUGGGCGCCCACCAGAUGCACCCUACUGACUACAAGUUCCGGCUAGCCAGGUCCACGCUGACCCUCAUCCCUCUGCUGGGGGUCCACGAGGUGGUGUUUGCCUUUGUGACUGAUGAGCAUGCCCAGGGCACCCUGCGCUCCACCAAGCUCUUUUUUGACCUGUUCCUCAGUUCCUUCCAGGGUCUGCUGGUGGCUCUUCUCUAUUGUUUCCUCAACAAGGAGGUGCAGGCAGAGCUACUGCGGCGUUGGAGGCUAUGGCAAGAAGGCAAAGCUCUUCCGGAGGAAAGGAUGGCCAGCGGCCAUGGCAGCCACAUGGCCCCAGCAGGGCCUUGUCAUGGUGAUCCCUGUGAGAAACUUCAGCUUAUGAGUGCAGGCAGCAGCAGGGGGACUGGCCGUGAGCCCUCUGUGGGGACCUCACUGGCCAGUAGUCUCCCAAGGUUGGCUGACAGCCCCACCUGAAUCACCACUGGAGCCCAGCCAGGCUGGAUUCAGAAAGGGCCUCACAGGACAACCCAGAACCAGAUGCCUGGCCAAGGCUGAAGAGACAAAGCAGCAAGACAGCAGCGUGUACCAUCCGCACUCCCCUAACCUGGCCUGGCCUGGUACAGGCCACAGUGAUGGAUGGAGUAGGGGUUGGAUAUAAUGGAGAAGCCAUGCUAUGAACUAUGGGUGUUCCCAUGUGUGUUGACAUGUUCUAUACACAGAUGUCUUUCAGUAAAGAGCUCGUGGGAGCUGCUGCACA